GAACGGGGUGAAUGUCGAAGGAGCAACGCACAAGCAAGUGGUCGACCUGAUUCGCGCCGGCGAGAAAGAGUUAAUUCUGACGGUGUUGUCCGUGCCUCCCCACGAGGCGGAUAAUCUCGAUCCCAGUGAUGACUCUUUGGGGCAGUCUUUCUAUGACUACACGGAAAAACAAGCUGUGCCCAUCUCCAUCCCCACCUACAAGCACGUGGAGCAAAACGGCGAGAAGUUUGUGGUCUACAAUGUUUACAUGGCGGGCCGCCAGCUCUGCUCGAAGCGGUACCGGGAGUUUGCCAUCUUGCACCAGAACCUGAAACGGGAAUUUGCCAACUUCACUUUUCCGCGUCUCCCGGGGAAGUGGCCGUUCUCUUUGUCGGAGCAGCAGCUGGACGCCCGACGGCGAGGGUUGGAGGAGUACCUGGAGAAAGUGUGUUCGAUACGUGUCAUUGGGGAGAGCGACAUCAUGCAGGAGUUCCUGUCGGAGUCGGAUGAGAAUUACAACGGCGUCUCGGACGUGGAGCUCCGAGUAGCAUUACCAGAUAUAACAACAGUGACAGUAAGAGUCAAAAAGAACAGCACUACAGACCAGGUGUACCAGGCUGUGGCUGCGAAAGUUGGAAUGGACAGUAUUACCGCAAACUACUUCGCCUUGUUUGAAGUGAUCAAUCACUCCUUUGUGCGCAAACUGGCGCCCAACGAAUUCCCCCACAAACUCUACGUGCAGAACUACACCUCGGCGGUGCCAGGAACAUGCCUGACGAUCCGCAAAUGGCUCUUCACUACAGAGGAGGAGAUUCUUCUCAAUGACAACGACCUGGCAGUCACCUACUUCUUCCAUCAGGCUGUUGAUGAUGUCAAGAAAGGCUACAUCAAAGCAGAGGAGAAGUCCUACCAGUUACAGAAGCUGUGUGAGCAGAGGAAGAUGGUCAUGUAUUUAAACAUGUUACGGACGUGCGAGGGUUACAACGAGAUCAUCUUCCCCCAUUGCUCCUGUGACUCUCGGCGGAAGGGACAUGUCAUCACAGCCAUCAGCAUUAAGCACUUUAAACUCCACGCCUGCACAGAGGAGGGCCAGCUGGAGAACCAGGUAAUAGCAUUCGAAUGGGACGAAAUGCAGCGGUGGGACACGGACGAAGAGGGAAUGGCGUUUUGUUUUGAAUACGCACGGGGAGAGAAGAAACCCCGAUGGGUUAAAAUCUUCACCCCCUAUUUCAACUACAUGCACGAGUGCUUCGAACGGGUUUUCUGCGAGCUCAAGUGGAGGAAGGAGGUGGAGGAGGAAGCAACAGACAAGGAUAACAAGAACUGCAGUAAAGACAAUAUGUGCAGCAAG